UUGGCAGAAACAUGAAAACAGCAUCAUUCUGAGCGCACGGACCGAGGACCUACAGUCGCAGGUUUCCUUUUCUUGUCAAUUCGUCUAGUUUUAUUCCGUAGGCUAUUUUGUAUUUCACAAUGAAGGAGAGGAGACAUACCCAGCCUUUUGUGGCGAGAUGUAAACUUGUGUUAGUUGGAGACGUUCAAUGCGGAAAAACGGCAAUGUUGCAAGUCUUGGCCAAGGACUCCUAUCCAGAGACCUAUGUUCCAACAGUUUUUGAGAAUUACACAGCCUGUCUUGAGCUUGAGGACCAGCGCGUGGAGCUUAGUCUUUGGGACACCUCAGGCUCUCCUUACUAUGACAAUGUGCGACCCCUCUGCUACAGUGACUCAGACGCGGUUCUUCUAUGUUUUGACAUUAGCAGACCGGACACAGUGGAUAGUGCACUGAAGAAGUGGAACACAGAGAUCCUUGAUUUCUGCCCCAGCACACGCAUCCUCCUGAUUGGCUGUAAGACAGACCUGCGCACAGACGUAUGCACGCUAAUGGAGCUGUCCAAUCAGAAGCAGACUCCCAUCUCCCAUGAGCAGGGUUCAUCCAUGGCUAAGCAGUUGGGAGCGGAGGCCUACCUGGAGUGUUCAGCUUUCACCUCAGAGAAGAGCAUCAACAGUGUAUUCCGCACAGCAGCCUUGGCCUGCCUCAACAAGUUGCAGCCCUCAUCCAAACCUAGCCCCACCCGACGCCUCUCCAAAAGGCUCCUCCACCUGCCCAGCAAGUCUGAGUUGCUCUCCUCCACUUUCAACAAGGAUAAGGCCAAAAGCUGCUCCAUCAUGUGAAUAAGAUGGCUGCUGGGGAGAGGCAUUCCAUUGACUGGCUCAGUUGACUGGAGGGUACUGGAUGCUUGGAGAUGAGGGGAUGUAGGGCGUGAAAAAAAGAGGACAACAUUUGCUCUGGACCCCUCUCUCCUCCACCACAUCCUGCCUACCCUCGCUGACAACCCCCCAUGUGGUCAUCUCCUUACUGUAGCUUCACACUGCCACAUGAUCCUCACCCUUCCCACGUUCCAACAUAAAUAUUAGUAAGCCUGAGUGUGAUUGAUGCUCAGUUUCUCUUCUUUCUUCUCCAAAGGUGGUUGUAAACACUGCAUUUGAUCACAUUACGUUGAUGAGACCUUUUCAGAAUGCAGUGGUGUGUGCUUUCUCCUAUCCAUAUCCAUCUUACUCAGUGUUAAUAUAAAAACGUGAUAUCAGCUGAAAGGCUCAGAUGGACACCUACAGUCAUGUGGUUAAGAAGACUGAAAAAGAGAGGCCGUAGUGUAGGUCCUUAGACUCCAUAUAUGAAGGAACCAUAACCUCAGCAGUAUUACAUCCAACAAAGUACCUUUGUAAGGACAGUGGGGUAUGGGGGAAGGAUAUGGCAAGCAGUGUCUUCAGUAGAAGCUGUGGGAAUGAGGAAGUACAACCAGGACGGAAGCAGUGCAAUGUGACUUCUCACUCACAUGGGCCUCCAGCAGUCUCGGGAGGGCAUGCUGUGACAGAUAAGACGGAGAGCCAUAUAAAGGAUGCGGGUAUUUGUUUUUUGUCACCCUUCCCCCCCUUUUAUGAGUUGCCAUCCAUCUCAGUUCUAAUUGCCUCCCUUCUGUAUCCCCGUUAUUACCUCAGGUAUUGAUUGAGAGGUUCGAGAAUGUGCUGUUUAUUAUUAUUUCUCUUGUGAUGCAGUAAAUGCUGCUCUAUGGACAGCAGCAUUACCUGUUCUCUUGAGGAAAUAUAUUAAGAAAUCUUGAUUUCACAUCAGCCCUUUCAUGUCCAUCUGUUUACUCUGAAAUGCCAAAAGCAGAAAGACCCCUGGCUAAUGUAAGCAUUUGGAUCAUUUCUCUUUCUAAAAUCUUCUGACUUGUGGUUACAUAAACCUUGAGCUUUUAUCUGUAAAUUGAAAGUUAAGUCAAGUAACCAUGAUGCCUAACCAAGCUGAAUCGUGCCUGGGAUCAGCUAAAUCUAGGUCCUCCUCCUGUGGCAAGGGUGACAGUCCAUCUGGGGUUCUUCAUUCCAAUAGUCUUUCAACUGAGUGUUCUUGUGGGUGUCUGGAUCAUGAUAUGGGAGGUGGGGUUUAAUGCAAAUGAACAAACAGGCUGGUCCUGUAUGUAGAAAGUUGUUUUAACAUUUUCUCACUUAUAUUUUCAAGUCUUUUGUGAUUAUUUCUGUUUUCAGAAAUACCUUUUUAAAACUAUUUGUUGUUAUCUUUGUUGAGGUCUUUAUUGAAUUUUCUGAAGUAAUCUGGUUUUAGGGGCUGCCAACAGCUGACUAAUUGAGAAUGGGUGAUUUGUAGGUUUGCACAGAGGCUCAGAGUUCCUCACCAUACAGAACACUGGAAUUUAAUGUGUUGCCUAGCAACACCAUGAGCAGGGCAAGAGCUGAGUCCUGGUGACUGGGAUGCCAUGGUUCCUGUGUCUGAGAAAGAAGGAUGGCUCUUCAGCAGGGAGCCUCACUUUUCAUUUUGUAGCAUCAGACAGGGGCCUUCUCUCACCAUGCUGAUGGCUGGACGGAUAACAAAUUGGAAUCAUCCCCAAACUGGUGGUGGCCGUUUUUUGGCCUUUUGGAAACAACAUAACCAUUAGUAGGCUAUAGUGCGUAGCAUGACCUUACAUCUGCAGGAGCUGUUGAGACUUAGUCCAUUUGACUGAGAGAUCAUGUCACAAAGGAAUCUCGUUUAUUUGCUGUGGACAGACUUUCUAUUGUUGUAGAUAUUUCUUUGUUGAGAUGGUUGUUGAACUCCAAAAGAUGUUAUACAAGGAAGUUGGUGUCAAGAUGAAUUAAUAUUAUUGUUCCCGGCGUGUUUAGGCCUUGCCCUAAACUAUGUUGAAGGCCUGUGCUUUUAACCAUCCUUUUAAUUUCUUGUUAAUGAAUCUGAAUAAAGAUAAUGUAUCUGUUCUUCAGAUACAUUACUUUUAUGCCUUUUUAUUCUUGGAGACUCACAACAUGUGUCACAGAUGCACAUUCUGUAGUAAACCCACGAAAAUAGAAAUUGAUCAAAUUGACAAAAGCAUCAAACCACAACACAGCAAUAACAGCACAAAAGCAUAGACAAACACGAAACGUUUGAAAUGUUUCAAAUCAAGUGGAAUAAUGCUUUUGUGUUGUCACUUAAUGCUGAGGUUUUGUACAUGUUUGUUUUUUCCAAUUAUAUUUUGUUAAUGCUAUUAUGUUAAGGGUUAAUGUUAUUGUGUUGUCAGCUUUUGUUUGCUUUGCUAAUGUUGUUUUGAAUAAAAACUUGAAUUGAUUGGCAUGGCUGAUAA